AUGCCUAGAAUAGCAUACGACGACAGAGACCCUGCGAUCACCUUCUCGAAUGGGCGGUGGAUUCGAGUUAGUGGACCUGGUGGGUAUCAGUACGCGGGUACGCGGACGGGCACGCUCUCCGAUCGGGCGACGAUGUCGUUCAACUUUGAAGGCACGAAAGUAACAGUCGUAGGCCUGAUCAACUUCAUCCGCAACGACACCUCCUGGGUGGGCCGCACGCCCGUUGCGGACUUUAUCAUCGACGAUGGGCCGCCUACGCGGUUCCAGCCUCCUCCUACGUCCUUCGAUUUACAUCAACAUACGUUCUUUGAGAGCCAGGCUUUGGAGGAUGGCCCCCAUCAUUUGAGGAUUGUGAAUAUUGGUGUUAAUUCGGAUUUGUGGAUUGAUGUUGUUUAUGUUGAGAGGCCUGAGCGUGGGGGUGGGGAGGGUGGACAGGGGGGAGAGGGAAGUGGUGGUGGUGAGGGAGGAGGAGAGGGAGAAGAGGAGGGUCCGAGCUCGAAUCCACACCCUAUUCCUGCCCCGCAAGAGCCUGAGCCCCCUCGGACACAGGGCACUGAGACUGUAACCGUUAACCACCCAGACUCGAGGCCAAGCUCAACGGCACCUCAAGUCGCCUCCUCGGUUGACUCAGACUCGCUAGUUUCUAGUUCAAUUGUGGCUGGGACCUCCAGCAACCAGACGAUCUUCGAAACACAGGUCAAGACGAUACUUCGCUCGCAGGUGGUUGAGACAGGAGCUACGGAGACGGGGAUACCAGAAGCCGGGGACGGAAGUUCAAAUCCGGGUGGUACUGGGAGCACCCCGCGAGUAAGCGCCGGAGCCGUCGUGGGCGGUGUAUUGGGUGGCUUGGCGUUCCUCCUUCUUCUCGCUUUCGUAACUGUGUUACUGCGAAGAAGGAGAGUGCGGAAGGGGUACAUUUUUAACGGGAGGGGACGGCUGGAGGACGAUUCAGAGGUGUCGCCGCCGGAGUAUAACUCUAUUACUUCGCCUUUUGUGGAGGUUUUGUCCCCGCAUAGAGGACCUAUUUUUGUAUCGAAAUCGCCGCCGCGGUAG